AUGUUCAUGGAAACCUUAGUUCAGGGUUUGUACUACUCAUACUACAAGACAAUAAUCAAUGCUCCAUCGUUCUACAGUGGUCUACAACAAAUAACCAAUGACAAUGUGACGGAAUACGGUCACACCAUCAACACGUUGAACGAUUCAAUCUCUACCCAGAGUGAUACGAUACUGGAGGUUGCUGCGGGUGUUGGCAUUCCUUUCAAUCACGGAGCCACCAGAGACAAUUGA